GGUUUACAGCCUUGCAAACCAAGUAUGGCACCACACAGGAAGCGUAUGAUGCACUGAAAGUCGAGUGCGGCGCUAGCCAAACAACGUACAUGAGCCAGAUAAGCAACCUAACAUCUACCAGAGAGGGGUUGGAUAUCAGAUUGGCCGCCUAUAUUGAAGCGAUGAAACUACAGCUGGACGAGAAGAAGCUGGCGGCGAAGGCACUGAGCGCAACGACUGAGCGUGUCAAGAACCUGGAAAGCAAUUUCAGAGUGUGCAACGCUUUGAGAGUCUCGGUGGGUGAUGGUUCGGCCGUGACCACGCUGUGGAGGACGUCUGGCGGUAGAUCUGAAGCAGGGGGCUUUGAAGUGGAUGAGCUCAGCUUCAUUAGAGGUGCUGCAGUCAUGCACCGGGAGAGACUGCCUUGUUUCACCUUGUGCAACUCAUCGGUCAGCUUCUAUACCUGCACCUUUUUUGCCGAGGAGUGGCACUUGGCAGCGGCACGAGCGGAAGUCCAAGCUUUCGGCAAGCCGGCAGGCAACUUCACUCGCUGA